GCCUAGUAUAAUAUAUAUAAAUAUAUAUAUAUAAUAUGUAAACUAUAUCUAGCUGUUAUCUAUCCUUGACGUGUAUGCUUGUUAUCUACUCUAGUAUCACCUCAACUAGAAGUUUUAUAUUUAUAACUUCUAGUUAAAAACAUGCACUCGUCUAGUAUAUACUCAUUCCCGUACACUCGUCCUUGCCAACACCCACAUACUCGUCCUUUCAGUCAAAAGUUAGCUUGUCAAUUCCAACAAGACAAGAACUAUGCUUUUUAUUCUAACAAUUAUUUGAAUAAUCGUCUAGUUUCCUCGGACUAUCCAGUGCAAUAUCGUCCGGAGCACUUCAGUUCUCCAACUCGUCCCUGUAGUUUAAGCCUGUACUAUGAUAAAAGACGAUGUGGUGGGAACUAUAUAAAGUAUGCUGACUAUAGAAACCCAGUUCAGCAGAAUGUUGAAGUUUUCACGAUGAUGCAGCUGGUUCCGAAUUCUUCUCCUCUUUCUUCUCUAGACUCUGACUUAGAUUUUGAUCUUGAUCUACUAGACUGCCAGGUUCCAAGCCCCUGUCCGCCUUCUCCACUCAGUAUCCUUUCCCCAACCAUGUUUUCCCCUGAGGGAAAGGACCACUACGCACUUUCCCCACAGGGAAACUACACUUGUUCCCCCUCCCCUCGAAGAUAUCCCUCCCCCUCCCCCUCCUCGAUGUCGGGCCCCUACUCCCCAGCAGGCAGACAAAGAAGAAUAUCUUCUACGCUACUGGAGGCUGAGGAGCUUGGGGAUAUAAACAUGCAGGAUUCUCUACUUGAAUUUAGAGAACUCCAAGACAAGAUCAAGAAAGAACAAGAGAACCUUCUAGAUUCAAGGUUCGACACUUUCUCCACUACAGAUUUCUCAAAUCCUUUCUCAGCACCUUCUCAAACCGUGGAGUUCGGGGCUCCCAUCAAAUUGGAACCGUUUGAAUGUCUAAGAAAAGAUGAUUCAGGAACGAACACAGAUCUAGUUAGUUCUCAUCCAGUACUGAAACAGUACUUGGAGGACAUGUCCUUCCAGUCCAGGUUCAACCUCACCACACAACCUUUUCAGUUUGUUCCGGAGACACGAGUUAUAGAUUCAGGAGGUAAAACCAAGAUGGCGGCUUCUGAAGCGCAGCUGACAAUACCGCGUCAGAUUAAUUCACCCCGAAGUUCGAUUGCGGAAGAUUCCGGCCGGGUUGAGACUGAACUUAUGGAUGAUGUGAAACCGGUUCUGGAAAUCACCGAACAUCAAGUCAAACCGGUUUUAGAACUAGCAGUUGAGCAGGUCAAGAUGGAUAUUGAGACGACAUGCGAGAUUCUUGGAAUCACUAAAGACCCUGGAAGUUGGUCUGCAGCUAGUGUAAAGAGCUGGUUGCUCUGGACCCUACAACAGUUCUGUAUUCCUCUAUCAACAGUAGAUAUGGAGAACUGGAACCUGGACGGAAACCAGAUGAUAAAUAUGAACCAGUCCGAGUUCAAGGCUAGAAUACCGCAGGGAGGUGAAACAGUUUACGCUCAGUUUGAUCUAUGGAGGUCGAACUGGUAUGCUAGUAUGGAUAUGGAUGUCCAGGGAGGUCUGGAGGGGGGUCUACAGGGAGGUCUAGAAGAGAGCUAUGGACCUCCUCCUCCAUACCCAGAAUAUUCACAGUUUUCUGACGUUAACUACCUUUUUCAGUGUAUGGAUAAUGAGCCUCCUCCCUCACCUUGCUCAGCGGUAUCUCCUCCUUAUACCCUAGAUAUUUCCCCUUCCUCUCCUUAUACUUUCUCCUCACAGCCCUACUCAUCCUCCACCACCUCCUUCACCUCAUCCACCACCUCCUUCUCAACAUCCACCAGCACCUUCUCCUCCUCCAGCACCGCCUUCUCCUCCCCUGCCACCUCCUACCCUUCCUUCUCCUCCCCUCCUCCCUACCCAGGAACACCUACCUUUCCGCUUACUGAGGAGGACGAAGAUACAGAUGAGGAUGCUGAGAAGGGAUCUCCGUGUACCGGAAGAUCUCCAACAAACAUUCAUCUCUGGCAAUUCGUUAAGGUAAACAAUUCCAAAAAAAUUGUAUACACUUAAACAAUUCAAAACAAU